AUGUCGCGGCGUGGCAGCGACACCAGGAGCUCCAACGACUGCGCUAGGACUGUGGAAAGAAGCAAGCGUGAUGUUAGUGCUCCAGUGCUCAGCCAGAUCCACGUAUCCUGCUACGUCACUGCUGCGAAUCGCGCUACGCCGGUUUUCGAGGUUCUUCCACAGCAAAACUGCGUGCGAGUGGCAAACAAACCAGCAAAUGAUUCGUCCUCGGGCGGUGGAACAAUUCCAGCAGUGUUAAGUACCUCCCCUAGUGGCAGUGGUGCAGUGUCUUCGGCCGAAUGGACUUUACAUUCAGUAUUUUCGUCAAGUUCGCCGUCACACGCAAUCGACUUUUUCACUGAAAUCACUUUACCUGCAUUACGAACAGCACGAGACGGUAUCAAUUCAAAUGUUGUCGUGUGGGGCGUACAUCCGACGCAGAAGUUUCGGCUGCUAUUCGGUAAAAGCGUUGGCGGAGGAGGCUUCGCACCACAACCUGAAAUGGCUGUGAACGACGUUGUAGAGCUGUAUGGUCAGCUAGUGGGAAUGCUUCACGCUUUCUUUUCUCAAUUAGAUAUUGGAUCAGGACGGCUUCAAGAUGGAAAAAGUGAACCGUGGCGACUAGGAAUCAGCAGCUGGAUCAUUGUGAACAACCAAGCGAUUGACUUGUUGAAGACUCCGACUGUGGAUACAACUAGGAUGAACUCUCCAGCCGAACCGUUGACGUUUGUUUCGCUGGAAGCUCCAUCUUUGGCCACUGCAUUUCGUAUUGUGCAGACUGCAAAGACCAAUCGCAUUGUACGUAAACAGAACGCAGAGAAUGUUCACUUUUUCGUACGGUUGGCUUUGUUUCAUGGUGGCCAGGUCAGCACAGUUCAUCUCGUGGAUCUCGUCGACCAAAAGGAUUUUCAGGAUCAGGUGUCGAUACAAGAAAAACUCGAGCUUUACAAUAUUUUGCAAGAUUUAAGGCAGCCGGAAGCUACUUCAAGACAAAGCGGUCGCGCUUCAGCUACUGGCGGCGGAUCCAGUGCAUCGCUGAGUUCUGCAGGUAAAAUGGUGCUAUCCAACUUCAUGAUUCCAUUGUUGACUGCGAAUGCCAAGACUUUUCUGUAUGCCAACGUGAUCGACUCUCGUACCAGCUUGCGCGAAAGCGUGCAGAUGCUGAAUGCAGUGGCCAAUCUUCGAGGCUUUGCAUGUGUUUGUAGGCCUCUUCGUGGCGUGUCAUUUGAGCAGUUAUGUUUUGUAGCUAGCUCAAGUGAGCCCGACAAACAACAAUUUCCCCAUCUAACCGAGCAGAGCAGACGUACCUCUGAAGCAGAGACACUGAGUCGCUCGCCAUCACUUACAACAUUAUCUCCGACGUUGAUAAAUUCUGAAAUCCCGGACAAGCUCUCUUCAUUCGACCAGUUAUCAACUUUAAAUGGAGUGGUGGAGUCUGAAGCUAUGAGUUGGUUAAAUGUAUUUGCUCAGCGAAAGCGAGACAUACUCGGUGGCUCCAUUGACACGAUCGGUACGACAACUUCAGCAGCUAAAGUUCCUGAACAUCGUGUUCCGGACACAGCAUCUUCAUCUGGCUUCGAAAAUAGAGUGGAAAGUGAAAAGCUUCACGAGGAUUAUACCGCACCAGAUACACGACCGUCAAUAACCGAUCUAUAUGAACAAUUGCGCGAGUCUUUGGAAGAUGUCAAAGAGAUCGAAUCGGGUAAACCAGAGAAUACUCGAGUAUCACAUUGCUCGCUUCAUUCUGUGCCUCCUCAUCCGGAGUCUCACACACCACUACCAAUUGUUGACCAAAGUACAGAAGAAGACUUUGCGCAGGUUGGAUAUAGCAGGAGAACUCUUGGAAGUAUUCUGCGGCAUCAAACCGAACAAUCGCAGCAACUUGAUGAAGAGUUAACUUCUUGGGCCCCGCCAGUAAAUGGCCACCCUUUAACUCCUCUUGCUUCUUACCGUGACGCUGACUCACGUCCGGAGGUUGAUUCGGUAGAACCAGCAGUGAAUUCAGCCCCACCAUCGAUAUUUGUAUCAGCAGCGGGAGCUUUGGCUGCAAUGCCUCCUUUAGCGUCGUCGAAACCUGAUUCUUUCAAGUUAGAAUCAUUGAAAAGGGCCGGUAUCGCUCCCUGCGUGAUGGAACCUCCGAAUGUAGAUGGUUUGGAUGUUAAGACGGCUCAAAGAGUUCAAGCUGCAGAUGCAACUUUACUCAGGAAGAACUACGACGCUCUGCUCUCAAUUGUACGCGAGCAGCAGCAAGCAAAAGAGGCAGCAGAGGCUCGAGCGGCUGAGGCAAUCCAGGACCAGGAAGAGAUGCGUGCUAUGUUCGAAGUCCAAAUCGAAAACAUGAAGCUAGCAAAUGUUGGACUUCGAAGCAAGCUGCGUGCUCUAGAGAAUCGCACAUCACUUCCUCAAGUAUUUAAGCAGUAUGAACAGGAGUUAAGCACUCUUCACGCUCAGGUACAAGAACUCCAAACUCGAAAUGUCACGCUUGAACUCCGGACAAGUGGCCCAGAAGGAACUGUGAUGGGAGCGAGUGGGUCUUCAAUUGAGUUGAAGAAGAAGUACCGGCAAGCGGUCGAAGAGAAAUUAGAAUUGGAACGAGAAGUUAUGGAGCAUCGAAAAAGAGAAAGGCAACUUCAAGUCCACAGUCGGGUGGCUGGCGAAUCUACUCGGCGUGCAGAUCAGUUAUCACGGGAUUUAAACAACAAAGAGGAAGACCUGGUUGCUACCCGACUGAGUAAGCAGCGUUUGAGUGCAGAAAUGAACCAGGCGAUUGAAAAAGCAGAUCAACUGCAUCACGAGAACGAGAAGCUUCUGCAAGAGAAAGCAGCCACGACCGAAGAGCUUUUAGCCACCAGGAUGUACCUGGCCUCGCUUGAAAAUGAGAAGAAGAAAGCGUCAAUCCUCGAUCGCUUCGUUGAGAAGCAUGGUGAUCGCAUGAGCAAACUCCGUCAACACGGGCAAUUCUCAUCUGGCAGCAAAGGCGAGGGUUGGCACCGCGACCAGUUCGCACGUGAGUGUGAAGAUAAAUUACUUGCAGCAGUCAAGCGAUCACUUCCACAUGCUGUGCCGCUAUGCAACAAGAUACUUCGCCGUCUCGAGAUGCAGGAGCUGUCAUUACGCGAGUUCUCCGAGCGCGAAGUGGACUUCAUUAAUCUUCUCGUCGAGCUCGUAUCGGACCAACCUACAGUCUCACUUAAGCAAAUGAUUGAGCAGGAGAUGAAUAAGCUUCAAUCAUAAUGUACGCUGAUA